AUGGAGGACGAGAUUAGAAGCGAGGCUUCGGCAAACGGGCAAGCCCUUGCACAAAAUAAUGAAGAGUCGGCAGCGCCAUCGUUCAAGAAACCUGCGUUCAAGAGGCCAGCCUUCAAAAAGCGAAUUCCAGCUUCAAAAGGCGGUAUGCGCAACAACAAGCGGUCGCGGGUAACGAAAGGUGAGGGCAAGGGUGCGGGCGGCAGCGGCGGCAGCAGCAGCGAGGAUGACGUUGCCGUGGUCAAGGCGGACAAGAAGGGCAAGAAGGGGGUCAACAACUUUUCGACGGGAGGGGGGAGCGGCGGCGCGGAGGCACGGGCGGCCGCAAGGGAGGCGUUGGCGAAGGAGACCAUGUCUGCCGGGAGCCUGUUCGACUCCUCCAGGACGGCGGUGCCGGUGAGCAACGCGGGAGGGGCGACGCACUACACCGAGAUCGACACGCAGGCCGACAGGGACACCAGGGCUAUCCUAGAGAAAAACAUCCGCCUAAAUGAGGAAGGAGCGACAACUGACAAGGACGGGCUCUACCACGGAAUGGCGGGGUACAAAAACCACAUCAAGAAAGACGAGGCUCAGAUCGGAGGCAACAAGCACACCGGGACCCAGGGACCGAUACGAGCGCCGACCUUCCUUCGAGCCACCUGCCGGUUCGACUACCAGCCUGACAUCUGCAAGGACUACAAAGAGACGGGAUUCUGUGGGUUCGGUGACAGCUGUAAGUUCUUGCAUGAUCGAGCCGACUACAAGUCUGGGUGGGCGAUGGAGCAGGAGUUCGAGGCUAAGGAGAAGAAGAGGAAGGAGAGGGAGGCACUCGGGGAGUGGGCGGAGGAGGAGAACGAGGAGGAAUACUUGGUGGAGAGCGACGACGAUCUCCCUUUUGCGUGCCUGAUCUGCAGGCAGGGGUUCGUUGACCCGAUAGUCACAAAUUGCGGUCACUACUUCUGUGAGCGGUGCGCCCAGGAGCACUACAAAACCAACCCCCGCUGCGCCGCGUGUGGAAAGCAGACCCAGGGCGUGUUCAAUGCGGCCAAGAAGCUGACGGAAAAGCUUCGCAAGAAAGGCAUGGUGACGAGAAAAGAGCAAGCCGGCGCAGCUGGCGGGGGUGCGUCAGCCGGUGCCGAUGAGGGGGGGGGUGACAGCGACUACGAGAUUCGCGAGGACGGGGUGCAGCUGACGGAAACGGACGUGGUGCGGCGAAAAACCGGGACAUGGGCCACGGUGACCACAGAAGAAGACGCGGUCGAGGGAGACGGAAAAAAGGAAGGCGAAGGUUAACGCGCCUCUAGACUUUAGUAGAGUGUUUGUAUUUUUGUAGAAAAUAUGCAUGGUUCACAGAAAGAGUUCCCGUUGGAGAUAUGUUGCCGAGAGGGGUGUGUUGAAGUCUUUGCAGUGAGCCGGCUGGAUUUGCAGGAGGCAGGCUGGGCUCAUUGAGAGAUGAUGCCUGUUGGGAGUAGGUCUAUCACAUAGAAAUGGAUGCUCAGCAGCAACCAUGGAGGGUAUUUAGCUUAGACUACAUGUAGCGCAGAUUUGAUCGAAGCGUAGCUGAGGUCGCUUCGAGAAUUCUUGUAACCGGCAUGGGGGCUUGGGGUUGCGUAGAGUAUGCGGUUU